AUGGAGGCCAGGUACGCGGAGCUGCGACGCGCGGUGGAGGAGACGCCGGCGGUGGACGCGCACGCGCACAACCUCGUCGACACGGCCUCCUCCCUCCCCUUCCUCCGCUGCUUCUCCGAGGCCGACGGCGACGCGCUCGCCUUCGCUCCCCACUCCCUCUCCUUCAAGUUACUACUGACUGGGCAGAAUAUGCGGAUGAAUGAGUUCGUCUUUUUUCCUUUAACUGGUGGCACGGCAGAGAUCGCCAGCUUUAUGCCUGCUUUGGCCAAUCGCCAUUGUAUGGUGGGGUGCAGUGCGGUGGGGUGCAGUAGACCUUUUGCUCCGUCUCUUUGCCCUGCUGUGAGGUCCAUUCCAUGGAUGGGCGUGUGUGCUUUUAAUGGCAUGCUGCUGGACCCAUGGGAGGUGCUGGGGUUAUUUGGCACGCUUCUUGCUUCUGAGCUUAAGAUGUUCACGCCGUCAUGUGAUGUGGGCCAUCUGUUCAGUGCUCUGUCCAUCUCUUACGUGCCAAGAAGCAUCAAGGACAUCGCCGCAUUGUACGGCUGUGAAGCCUCGCUUGACAAGGUGGAAGAGUUCAGAAAGGCCCAAGGGUUGUCGUCUAUCAGCUCAAAAUGCUUCCAAGCUGCCAAUAUAUCCGCGAUCCUUGUGGACGAUGGCCUAGCAUUUGAUAAAAUGCUUGAGCUGGAAGCCCACAAGGAAUUUGUUCCCACAGUCGGCAGAGUUCUGAGAAUCGAAUGGCUGGCGGAGACGAUUAUUAACGACGUGAAGAUUAUGAUUCAGUUCUAUGUUGAUGUAUUUCCUUUGCAGUUGUUAACUUAUUCUAAUAUACUGUAUCAAGUUGCCAGCAAAAUUGUUGGGUUGAAAAGCAUUGCUGCAUACAGAAGUGGCUUAGAGAUUGAUCCAUGUGUUAGCAAGACAGAUGCAGAGGAUGGUCUUCGUAAGGAGCUAACAGGGCAAAGACCUCUUCGGAUUACAAAUAAGAGCCUCAUCGACUAUCUAUUUACUCGUAGUCUCGAUAUUGCUGUGCAGUGUCACUUACCAAUGCAGAUUCACACAGGCUUUGGAGAUAAAGACCUGGACUUGCGGAAGUGCAAUCCUCUACAUCUCCGUGCUGUUCUUGAGGAUGAAAGAUUCACCAAGUGUCAGUUAGUCCUUUUACAUGCUUCUUAUCCAUAUUCUAAGGAAGCAUCCUAUCUUGCAUCUGUUUACUCCCAGGUCUAUCUUGAUUUUGGUUUGGCAAUUCCAAAACUAAGUGUUCAAGGAAUGGUCUCAUCACUUAAAGAGCUUCUGGAGCUAGCUCCCAUAAACAAGGUCAUGUUUAGUUCAGAUGGAUAUGCUUUUCCGGAGACAUACUAUCUAGGAUCCAGGAGGGCACGUGAUGUUGUUUACCGUGUCCUAUCAGCUGCAUCUGAAGAUGGUGAUCUUAGCAUUCAGGAAGCUAUAGAUGCAGUUGAGGACAUCUUUAGAAGAAAUGCAUCGGAUCUGUACAAGUUGAACGUUGCCAAUGGGUCAAUUCACCAGAAAACGAUAGCUGACAAUAGGAUAGCAUCAUCUUGUGUUGAGCAAGAUGUGCUUUUUGUUCGCAUCGUCUGGAAUGAUGCUUCAGGCCAACAUAGAUGCCGCGUUGUCCCAGCCGGAAGGUUUUAUGAGAUUGCAAGGAAUAAGGGUGUCGGCCUGACUUUUGCAUCAAUGGGAAUGACUUCCUUCUGUGACGGCCCAGCUGAUGGAACAAACCUUACUGGUGUAGGCGAGAUCAGGCUUAUGCCAGAUAUGUCAACACUUUUGAGACUCCCAUGGUCAACACGUGAGGAAAUGGUGAUAGCUGACAUGCAAAUUAGGCCUGGAGAAGCCUGGGAAUACUGUCCUAGAUAUGCCUUAAGGAAAAUCACAAAAGUUCUGCUGGAUGAAUUCAAUGUGACAAUGAAGGCAGGUUUUGAGAAUGAAUUUUAUCUCCGCAGAAAAUUAGUAAGUGAGGGACAUGAGCGUUGGGUUCCAUAUGAUAAUAGCAGUUACUGCUCAACCUCAUCAUUUGAUGGUGCCUCAUCUAUACUACAAGAAGUGUAUUCUUCUCUUAAAGUGGCAAAUAUUGUUGUUGAGCAGCUGCAUGCCGAAGCUGGAAAAGGGCAGUUCGAGGUUGCCUUGAAGUAUGUCCUGUGCACUCUUGCUGCUGACAAUUUGAUAUAUGCUCGUGAGAUUAUUAAAUCUGUUGCUCGAAAGCAUGGGUUGAUAGCAACGUUUCUUCCAAAACCUGACCUGAAUGAUAUUGGAUCGGGCUCCCAUGUGCAUCUGAGUUUAUGGAAGAAUGAUCAGAAUGUUUUUAUGGGAUCAAAUGAAUACAGCCACUAUGGAAUGUCAAACGUUGGAGAACAGUUCCUUGCUGGAGUAUACCAUCAUCUUCCAUCAAUCUUGGCAUUUACUGCUCCUCACCCUAACAGCUACGAUCGAAUUCAGCCAAAUACAUGGAGUGGAGCUUACCUAUGCUGGGGGAAAGAAAACCGGGAGGCUCCAUUGAGAACCGCAUGCCCACCUGGUGUGCCUCUCGACAUGGUCAGCAACUUCGAAAUUAAAUCAUUUGAUGGGUGCGCAAAUCCACACUUGGGGCUUGCUGCUAUUGUCGCUGCUGGGAUUGAUGGACUUAGGAAAGGCCUUAAGUUGCCUGAACCAAUUGAAUCAAAUCCUGCAGAUUAUGCUACCAAACUUAAAAGGCUACCACAGGACCUUCUGGAAUCUGUAGAAUCACUUGCUGCAGACAAAACUUUGCAUGAGCUAAUCGGCGAUAAGCUUAUUACAGCCAUUAUCGCUGUGCGCAAGGCUGAGAUUGAUCACUACUCGAAGAACCCUGGGGCAUUUGGCGAUCUCAUUCACCGUUACUAA